AGUCUGGCCCUGCAUGCCUCAGCUGUUUGGCUCUCUCCUUCACUAUCUUCCUUCUGAAGCAGACCUUGGACAGGAAUCUCUGCAGUACAGUGGUAAAGAGUGGCUGCCCAGGCAUCUCGACUCAUGUGAGAGCUGCCCGGGGAAGAGACCACGACCAUGGGGGAUGUCAAGCUGGUUGCUUCAACGCACAUUUCCAAAACUUCUCUCAGUGUGGAUCACUCAAGAGUCAGCUCCAUGCCCCUGACUGAGGCCCCUGCUUUCACCUUGCCACCCCGGAACCUCUGCAUCAAAGAAGGAGGCACCGCCAAGUUUGAAGGGAGGGUCCGGGGGUACCCAGAGCCCCAGGUGACAUGGCAUAGAAACGGACAACCCAUCAGCAGUGGCGACCGCUUCCUGCUGGAUUGUGGCAUCCGGGGAGCUUUCAGCCUGGUGAUUCAUGCUGUCCAUGAGGAGGACAAGGGGAAGUAUACCUGUGAAGCCACCAAUGGUAGUGGGGCCCGCCAGGUGACAGUGGAGUUGACGGUAGAAGGGGGUUCUUUGAAGAAGUGUGGUCAGCCUGUUGUUUCCAAAACCAUGGGGGACAGAUUUGCUGCUCCUUCAGUGAAGACCCGUCCUAGUAUCUGGGGAGAGUGCCCACCAAAGUUUGCUACAAAGCUGGGUCGAGUGGUGGUCAAAGAAGGACAGAUGGGACGAUUCUCCUGCAAGAUCACUGGCCGACCCCAACCACAGGUCACCUGGCUCAAGGAAGAUGUUCCCCUGCAGCCGAGUGCCCGUGUGUCUAUGUCUGAGAAAAAUGGGGUACAAGUUCUGGAAAUCCAUGAAGUCAACCAAGAUGAUGUGGGGGUGUACACCUGCAUGGUGGUGAAUGGUUCAGGGAAGGCCUCCAUGUCUGCUGAGCUUUUCAUCCAAGGUUUGGACAACACCAAUAGGUCAUUUGUGAGAACAACCAAGGUCACCAGUCUAGAUACCAGGAAAGAAGUGACCAAUGGAAUCACAAAGGAUCUGAAACUGGACAGCCUGGGGACUGCGGCUGAAAGUAAGAAGGGUGCCAGCACCCAAAGAAGUGGCUCCCCCUCCUGGGCCACUAAUAGCCAGGCUCAGCCCCUGAGGGACUCUAAGCUGGAGCCACUUGGGGACUCUCCCAGAAAGGCCCUGAGGACUCCCAUCCUGCAGAAGACUUCCAGCACCAUCACCCUGCAGGCUGCCAAAGUCCAGCUGGAACCAAGAGCACUGGUCUCGGGAGUCCCCUGUCCUUCCAGAGAAGAGAGGGAGAGACCAGCUGCAGCCCCUUCAGCCUCCCUUGCCCUCAGGCAAUAUGGCCUGGGAAGCCAAGAAGCUGUGAGCAAGGCUGCUGCUAAGAAGAUUCCCUUGGACAGCCAGAGGGAAUCAACAUUCCCCAAAUUUGAGAGCAAGCCCCAAAGCCAGGAAGUCAAUGAAGAUCAAAUAGUCAAGUUCAGAUGUGAAGUUUCGGGGAUCCCAAAACCCGAAGUGACCUGGUUCCUGGAAGGUGCCCCCGUAAGGAGACAAGAAGGCAGUAUUGAGGUCUAUGAAGAUGGCGGCUCCCAUUACCUGUGCCUGCUGAGUGCCCAGCUGUGGGACGGCGGCAACUACAGCUGCACGGCCUCCAACAUCCGCGGCCAGGUGUCCUGCGGCUGGACCCUCCUGGUAAAAAGGCUGGCCACAAUGGAGGUGGCCCCCUCAUUCUCCAGCGUCCUGAAGGACUACACAGUCAUUGAGGGUCAAGACUUUGUGCUACGGUGCUCAGUGCAGGGGACUCCUGUCCCCCGAAUCACUUGGCUACUAAACGAGCAGCCUAUCCAGUACGCUCGGUCCACCUGCAAGGCCGGCGUGGCAGAGCUCCACAUCCAGGACGCCUUGCCAGAGGAUGAUGGCACCUAUAGCUGUCUGGCCGAGAACACCGUGGGGCAUGUGUCCUGCAGUGCCCGGGUCAUCGUGCAAGAGAAGAAGAGUGACAGGAAGAGUGAAUACCUUCUGUCUGCUGCUCCCAGCAAGCCUGUUGUGCCCCAGUUCCUGCAAGGCCUCUCUGAUCUCAGAGUUAUGGAUGGAAGUCAGGUCACCAUGACAGUCCAGGUGUCAGGGAACCCGCCCCCUGAGGUCAUCUGGCUUCACAACGAGAAUGAGAUCCAGGAGUCCGAGGACUUCCACUUUGAACAGCAAGGCAUUCAGCACAGCCUUUGUAUCCAGGAGGUGUUCCCUGAAGACACAGGCACUUACACCUGUGUAGCCUGGAACAGUGCUGGGAAGGUCUGCACCCAAGCCGUGCUCACAGUGCAAGAGCCUCAGAAUGGCACCCAGCCCUGGUUCAUCAGCAAGCCUCGCUCGGUGACAGCCUCCCUGGGCCAGAGUGUUCUCAUCUCCUGUGCCAUCGCUGGUGACCCCUUUCCCACCGUGCACUGGCUCCGAGACGGCAAAGCCCUUUCCAAAGACACUGGCCACUUCGAGGUGCUACAGAAUGAGGAUGUGUUCACCCUGGUUCUAAAGAAUGUUCAGCCCUGGCACGCGGGCCAGUAUGAGAUCCUGCUCAAGAACCAGGUUGGCGAAUGCAGUUGCCAGGUGUCCCUGAUGCUGCAGAGCAGCCCUGCCAGUGCCCUCCCAUGGGGGAGGGAGCCUGCCAGCUGUGCGGGCCUCUGUGGCCGAGGAGCUGGUGCUGAUGGUGGUGGUGGUGACUGCUACGGGACCCUGAGGCCCGGCUGGCCAGCAAGAGGGCAGGGUUGGCCAGAGGAGGACAGUGAGGACGUGCGUGGGGUGCUGAAGAGGCGUGUGGAGACACGGCAGCACACAGAGGAGGCGAUCCGCCAGCAGGAGGUGGAGCAGUUGGACUUCCGUGACCUCCUGGGGAAGAAGGUGAGUACCAAGACCUUGUUGGAAGAAGACCUGAAGGAGAUUCCAGCCGAGCAGAUGGAUUUCCGCGCCAACCUGCAGCGGCAAGUGAAGCCAAAGACUGUGUCUGAGGAAGAGAGGAAGGUGCAUAGCCCUCAGCAGGUGGACUUCCGUUCUGUCCUGGCCAAGAAGGGGACCCCCAAGACCCCUGUGCCAGAGAAAGUACCAGCUCCAAAACCUGCCACCCCAGAUUUUCGCUCAGUGCUGGGCAGCAAGAAAAAACCACCAGCAGAGAAUGGUAGCAACAACGCUGAGGCCUUGAAUGCCAAGGCGGUAGAAAGUCCCAAGGCCGUGGGCAACGCCAAGCCUGCUGAAAUCCUGAAGCCUGUGGGCAACACCAAGCCUGCUGAGACCCUAAAACCUGUGGGCAAUGCUAAGCCUGCUGAGACCCUAAAGCCUGUGGGCAAUGCUAAGCCUGCUGAGACCCUAAAGCCUGUGGGCAAUGCUAAGCCUGCUGAGACCCUAAAACCUGUGGGUAACGCCAAGCCUGCUGAGACCCUGACACCCAUGGGCAAUGCGAAGCCUGCAGAGACCCUAAAACCUGUGGGCAAUGCCAAGCCUGCUGAGACCCUGAAACCAGCUGGAAAAGAGGAACUCAAGAAGGAGGUUAAGAAUGAUGUGAACUGCAAGGUAGGGCAUGCAGGGGCCACAGAUAAUGAAAAAAAGACAGAAAGCCAAGGAACAGCCCCAACCUUCAAGGAGAAGCUACAAGAUGUCCAUGUGGCCGAGGGUGAGAAGCUGCUCCUCCAGUGCCAGGUGUCCUCUGACCCUCCAGCUACAAUCACCUGGAUGCUGAAUGGAAAGACACUCAAGACCACCAAGUUUAUCAUCCUCUCCCAAGAAGGCUCACGCUGCUCUGUCUCCAUCGAGAAGGCACUGCCGGAGGAUAAAGGCUUAUACAAGUGUGUGGCCAAGAACGCCGCCGGCCAGGCUGAAUGCUCCUGCCAAGUCACUGUGGAAGACGCUCCUGCCAGUGAGAAUGCCAAGGGCCCAGAGAUGAAAGCCCGGAGACCCAAGAGUUCUCUUCCUCCUGUGCUAGGAACAGAGAGUGAUGCAACUGUGAAAAAGAAACCUACCCCCAAGACACCUCCAAAGGCAGCCAUGCCCCCUCAGAUCAUCCAGUUUCCUGAGGACCAGAAGGUACGUGCAGGAGAGUCUGUGGAGCUGUUUGGAAAAGUGGGAGGCACCCAGCCCAUCACCUGUACCUGGAUGAAGUUUCGAAAGCAGAUUCAGGAAAGCGAGCAUAUCAAGGUGGAAAACAGCGAGAAUGGCAGCAAGCUCACCAUCCUGGCCGCCCGCCAGGAACACUGCGGCUGUUACACACUGAUGGUGGAGAACAAGCUGGGCAGCCGACAGGCCCAGGUCAACCUCACCGUUGUGGACAAGCCAGAUCCGCCAGCCGGCACACCUUGCGCCUCUGACAUCCGGAGCUCCUCCCUGACGCUGUCUUGGUACGGCUCCUCGUAUGAUGGGGGCAGUGCUGUCCAGUCCUACAGUGUCGAGAUCUGGGACUCAGUGAACAAGUCGUGGAAGGAACUAGCCACGUGCCGCAGCACGUCAUUUAAUGUCCAGGACCUGCUGCCCGACCUUGAGUACAAAUUCCGUGUGCGGGCAAUCAAUGUGUAUGGAACCAGUGAGCCGAGUCAGGAGUCGGAACUUACAACAGUUGGAGAGAAACCAGAAGAGCUAAAGGAUGAAGUGGAGGAAGUGUCAGAUGAUGAUGAGAAAGAACCUGAGGUUGAUUACCGGACGGUGACAGUCAACACCGAACAAAAGGUGUCAGACUUCUAUGACAUCGAGGAGCGACUAGGAUCUGGGAAAUUUGGACAGGUCUUUCGACUUGUAGAAAAGAAAACUAGAAAAAUCUGGGCAGGGAAAUUCUUCAAGGCAUAUUCAGCAAAAGAGAAAGAAGCUAUCCGAGAUGAGAUCAGCAUCAUGAACUGCCUCCACCACCCCAAGCUGGUCCAGUGUGUGGAUGCCUUCGAAGAAAAGGCCAACAUCGUCAUGGUCCUGGAGAUCGUGUCGGGGGGCGAGCUGUUCGAGCGCAUCAUCGACGAGGACUUCGAGCUGACGGAGCGUGAGUGCAUCAAGUACAUGAAGCAGAUCUCGGAGGGCGUGGAGUACAUCCACAAGCAGGGCAUUGUCCACCUGGACCUCAAGCCUGAGAACAUCAUGUGCGUCAAUAAGACAGGGACCAGGAUCAAGCUCAUCGACUUUGGUCUGGCCAGAAGGCUCGAGAAUGCAGGGUCUCUAAAGGUUCUCUUUGGCACCCCGGAAUUUGUUGCACCUGAAGUGAUCAACUAUGAGCCCAUCAGCUAUGCCACCGACAUGUGGAGCAUCGGGGUCAUCUGCUACAUCCUAGUCAGUGGACUUUCCCCUUUCAUGGGUGACAACGAUAACGAAACCUUAGCCAACGUUACCUCAGCGACCUGGGAUUUUGACGACGAGGCAUUUGAUGAAAUCUCCGAUGAUGCCAAGGAUUUCAUCAGCAGUUUACUGAAGAAAGAUAUGAAAAACCGCCUGAACUGUACCCAGUGCCUUCAGCAUCCGUGGCUGAUGAAAGACACCAAGAACAUGGAGGCCAAAAAGCUCUCCAAGGACCGGAUGAAGAAGUACAUGGCAAGAAGGAAAUGGCAGAAAACAGGCAAUGCUGUGAGAGCCAUUGGAAGACUGUCCUCUAUGGCAAUGAUCUCAGGGCUCAGUGGCAGGAAAUCCUCAACAGGGUCACCAACCAGCCCGCUCAACGCAGAAAAGCUAGAAUCAGAAGAAGAUGUCUCUCAGGCUUUUCUUGAGGCUGUUGCUGAGGAAAAACCCCAUGUAAAACCCUAUUUCUCUAAGACCAUUCGUGAUUUAGAAGUGGUGGAGGGAAGUGCUGCUAGAUUUGACUGCAAGAUUGAAGGUUACCCAGACCCUGAGGUCGUCUGGUUCAAAGAUGACCAGUCAAUCAGGGAGUCCCGCCACUUCCAGAUAGACUACGAUGAGGAAGGGAACUGCUCAUUAAUCAUUAGCGACGUUUGUGGGGAUGAUGAUGCCAAAUACACCUGCAAGGCUGUCAACAGUCUUGGAGAAGCCACCUGCACUGCAGAGCUCAUUGUGGAAACCAUGGAGGAAGGCGAAGGAGAAGGGGAAGAAGAGGAAGAAGAGUAAAACAAAACCAGAGAGAAGCAGUUUCUAAGUCCAGCUAUAAAGACUCUUUCUCUUAA